GUGUCUCACCUUUGCUCCAGCACUGACUCAGUGCCCCACGUGCUGCUUUGCGCAAGAGCCCUGCUGGCAGACAGACUCUGCCCAGGCGGCUGCCACCAGCCUGGCCCCGGCCAAAGGGCAGCCACAGCCCCUGUGUAAAGGCAGCCGUGCCGGGAUGCUGGCUCACCACUGUACUUGAGCCGAGCACAGGAGGUGAUGUGGGAAAGGGUCUCCCAGAGUGGAGAGGAGCUGGAGACAACACUCUGCCCAGGGCUGAAUCCUUCCUCCUCAGCAGGCUGGACUGAGCUCCUUGCAAAGAUGGAUUAUGCCAAGUCCCUGAGCCUCCGCCUGGCUGCUCCCGUCUCCAAAUGUGUUUCUGCAAGUGCCUCCAUGACCCAGCAGCUGCUGUCAAGCCCAGCCCCACGGCCACGACCCUACCGUGUGUGCAACUGGGACCGCAGCCUGCGCAAAGGUGUCAUGGCCCAGAACCUCACGGAGCUGCUCCACCAGGCUGAGAGUGCCCUGCUUGCCUUGGGUCCUGUCUCACUGGUGCUGGAUGAAGAUGGCACCGCGGUGGAGACGGAGGCUUUCUUCCGGACGCUGGAAGAGGGCACGGUGCUGAUGGCCCUGAGCAAGGGGCAGACCUGGUCUGCCUCCAAGACAUCUGGCUACCAGCUGAGCCUGUCACACAAGCCCCCUCGGAGGAUCGACGUCGCCUGUGUCACCUUCGACCUUUACAAGACCAACCCACGGGACCUGGGCUGCCUCAAUAUCAAAGCCACCCUCUAUGGCACUUACAGCAUGUCCUAUGACCUGCGCUGCUACGGCGCCAAGCGGCUGAUGAAGGAAGCCCUGCGUUGGACACUCUUCACCAUGCAGGCCACUGGCCACGUCCUGCUUGGCACCUCCUGCUACAUGCAACAGCUUCUGGAUGCUACGGAGGAGCCGAAGGAGGCAGAGGGCAGCCCUGUGGUGCAGAACCUCCUGCCCCGCAGCCUCCCACCCCUACCCUGCAGGAAGAUGCUGCUUUGAGGGCUGAAUGCCCUGUCCACUUCUCUGCCACCCCCCAUCCCUGGGGGUCCCAGCGCGCUGCUAGGUCAAUGCCUGGGGGGCUGCCAUGGUGUGUGGCACAGCCUCUCCUUGCACUCCCCUGGCUGCAUGCAGCCAACUCUUCUCUAUUGCUCUGUAAAUAUAUUUAUUUAAGUAAAGCUGUGAUUCCA